UCUAGAUGCUUGUUCCUGCAUUAUGGACCUCCCCGUUGCCAGUCAAGGUAUAAACGGCCCUCACGGUAGACUCGGUCCACCGGAGAUCCUGCCAUCCGAAAUAGACAGCAUGGAUCAGGAAAUUGGAACGGGGACAUUCGGCAAGGUCGUGCGCGGAAAAUGUCGUGGAAAGGACGUCGCCAUCAAGGUCCUGCACAAACCAAUCAACGACAGAAAAACACUCAUCGCAUUCAAGCAAGAAGUGGAAAUCAUGAGCACGAUUUUCCAUCCUAACAUCUGUCUAUUUAUGGGCGCUUGCACGCAGCCGGGAAACUUCUUCAUCGUGUCAGAAUUCCUCACAGGGGGUAAUGUGGAAAAGCUGCUGCACGAUCCGACGGUGAAAUUGUCCCUGUACCGGCGGAUGUGCAUGGCCAAGGACGCGGCGCUCGGCAUGAACUGGCUCCACUGCAGCAAGCCCAGCGUGAUCCACAGAGACCUGAAGACAUCCAAUUUGCUGAUCGACGAGAAUGGGCGCGUCAAGCUGUGCGACUUCGGGCUGUCUCAGCUGAUGAAUCCGGGACAGCACCUGAAGGACUCGGAAAGCGUGAAGGGUACACCGCUGUGGAUGGCGCCGGAGGUGAUGCAGUUUAGAGCUUUUAACGAAAAGAGCGACAUUUACAGUUUCGGUAUCGUGCUUUGGGAGCUUCUCACGCGUCGACAGCCGUUCGUCCACCAUAGUGACUACAAGACUUUUCGCUUUGCUGUUUGCAAGAGGGAUGAGCGUCCGCUGAUAUCCCCGAGCGUGGAGCCGAGGCUCAAGUCCCUUAUAGAGCGCUGUUGGGACCCCAAUCCCGAGAAGCGCCCGUCGACCGUGGAAAUCCUCAAGGAGCUGGACAUCAUCUUGAUCAACGUUGCCAUCAAGGACAGCUACGGUAGGAUCUUCUGGACUCAGAAUUUUCGCAACAGCGAACAGUUUUCGGACGCGCCUUGGAACAUUUUCGCACUCGAACUUCUGCGUUUCUUGACCUUGCCCAUCCCGGACCCUUCCGACCACGAAAACCAAACUGUGCUCAACUUGAAAUGCCUCAAAGCGCUUCUUUUGAAAAAAAACAGGUCUUCGGAUUGUGUCAACAUUCAAGACUUCGGCCGCAUUCUUUCUCUAUUCGGGCCCAUCGCCUGUCCCGACGAGAACAACCGGACCUUCUUGGACAGAAUCUACCACACUCUCCGAAACGAGUGGUUCCACGGAGACAUCGACAAGGACAGCGCGGAGGCCCUUCUCAGUGGAAAGCUUCCGGAGACGUUCCUGGUUCGCUUCUCGAGCGUAGAAGGGUUUUUCACGAUCAGCUACAUCACAACCGACAACAUCAUCAAGCACCAGCGUGUUUGUCGUAAAUCGCCUACGCAGUACGUCAUCGGCAACCGGGAGUACGAGUCUCUCAGUGCCUUGGUACACGGAGAAGGACUUCGCUAUCCAUGUCCGGGAAAUGUCUAUCAAAGAAUUUUCAAAGAGAAACCUCAGUUUGGAUAUGUCGAAUUAACUAAAUAAAGUUUUUUUUUAAAUAUA